GUUACGGCUGCGGAUUGACGCCCCGCACUCAUGGGCAAAAUCCUCAGUUACAAUCCUCAGUUAUGCUAAUGAUCAUGUGUUUGCCCCGCGUGUGAUUGGCUGUCAAUUAUGUUAAUUCGAAUGUGCCUUUCCCCGGACGUGAUUGGCUGCCGCACCGGAGGGCCGAGGAUCCUGGAGGAUAAAGAAGAGCCGAGCUCAACAUUCAGGGCGGCUGGCCUCGGAGAUGCAGCUUGCCACGUUGGGACUUGGAACGAGCGUUGUUAUAUUGAGGCUCUAGUUUGCUGCACGGGAACUGGGCCAGAGUUUUGUUUAGGGGUUAUCGUACACGGACUUGCAGUAAUACUUUGUUAUACACACUAGACGUAGGGGUGCUGUUCCACCCUUGUAUUUUGUGAGCUUCUUCUUGGUUGUAUUCGUUUCUUUGAUUUGGACAGCACCCAACGGUCCUUUUCCUUUUGUAGUUUUGCCUCCUAUGUUUGUUAAAUUGUUUAUCACUGGCACUGGGCUAAAUAAACGCUUUCAGUUAAACCAACCACAUCUGGUUUUAUGUUGCCACCCCUUCCCCUAGCAGGGGGACGUAACAUAAAUGGGGGCUCGUCCGGGAUACCUUUAAAACGGAUCCCUUAACCGAACUGGAAGCGCACAUAGCUUGGUGGUAGGACGUAAGUCAAUUGGAAUGUCGCUGUUCGAUUUGGAGUCCUUCUUGGCCGGUCCUUCGACUGGGCAACUAGACCGCUGUCGGAAGGAUGAUUUGGCCCAGAUAGCAGAUUAUUUCGGUUUGUUCUAUUCUAGACAAACACUAAAAAGGGACCUAAAAGCUAUCGUGGUUAGCAAACUGGCGGAGUUGGCGUUGGUAGUAUUGCCAGCGCAAGCGGACUCUGCUGUGCCUGAGGAUGGCACCGUGGUUAAGGAGGUGGGUCGCCAAAAGGUAGAGGUUGAACUUCACGGCGGUGCUCGAGCAGACUUUGGAAUCGACGUUGAGGUAGAUGAUCUGACCAAAACCCCGUAUACUCUGCCUCGCUAUGAUCCCCUCUCUUCGGCUGGUACUGGAUCCAGGGAUGUUGCUCGGCUAAAAGUCCGCCUUGCCCGCCUCCAACUAGAAGCUCAGGAAAAGGCCGAGAAUAGGCAAGCACAGUUCCAGCUGGAAAUUAAGAAGCUGGAAAUUGAAGCUGACAAAGCGGUCCAGUUGAGACGACUUGAGCUCGAGUCCCAGAAGGAGGUGCAUGCGCUGAGGGCAUCGGCCGAGGCUAUCUCAUCGUCACCAACUCCGGCACUCGGUAAAGCGUUUGAUAUCGGCAAGCAUAUUGUUUUAGUACCCACGUUUCGUGAAACUGAGGUCGAUUCUUAUUUUAGUGCAUUCGAACGCAUUGCUUCCGCUCUGCAGUGGCCGACUGAGGUCUGGCCCCUUCUGUUGCAAUGCAAAAUUCAUGGGAAAGCACAGGAAGCUGUCGCUGCACUCCCCUUGGAGGACAGCCUAAAGUAUGACUCUGUUAAAGCUGCCAUCCUGCGAGCAUAUGAAUUAGUACCGGAGGCGUACAGGCAAAAAUUCCGGAAUCACAAAAGAGCCCCGACCCAGAACUACGUUGAGUUUGCCAGGGAGAAGGGGGUCCUGUUCGACAAAUGGAGCACCACCUGUAAGGCCAAUGAUUUUAAUUCCUUGAGGGAGUUAAUAUUGCUGGAGGAAUUCAAGAAAUGUUUGCCUGACCGGAUAGUGGUGUACCUAAGUGAACAAAAGGUUAACUCACUUUCCUCUGCUGCGGUGUUAGCCGAUGAGUAUGUUUUAACGCACAAGGUUAUGUUGCCAUCGGAGAGUGUUGAGAGGCCGCGUUAUGUACCGGCUUCACAACAUAGUUCGCCGAAGCCGCAAAGCCCAAGGAGGGAGGACAGGGAAUGCUAUUACUGUCACAAACCUGGUCACGUCAUAGCCAAUUGUAUUACCCGAAAACGUAGGGGACAACAAUCGUCUUCUAGCGGGGCACAGCCUAAAGGCAUUGGAGUAAUUAAAACAGAUCCAGGCACCAAACAUGGGGUUGGUGAUAGAAAAGCGGUUGAUGAUUGUUUUAAACCCUUCGUAUUCGAUGGGCUAGUGUCGUUAACGGGCGACGCUGUUGAUCAACGCCCGGUACAAAUCUUGAGAGACACCGCAUGCUCUCAGUCGGUGAUUCUCGCCUCUGCGCUGCCGUUUUCCGAUCUUUCGGGGUGUGGAUAUGGUUCUGUGUUGCGUGGCAUUGAGAUGGGGUAUAGCCCCCGUCCAGUACACAGAGUACACAUACAGACCAAACUAAUAACUGGUUUCUUUCCCGUUGCUGUCUGUCACGCGUUGCCGGUUGAAGGUGUUGCAUUUUUAAUGGGUAACGAUAUAGCCGGCGGUAAAGUGAUUCCUGCACUGGAAGUAUUGGACCUUCCGCACCGCACGGAGAUUGAUCUAGUACAGGCACCUUCGGGGUUGUUUCCUACUUGCGUGAUAACCCGUGCAGAAGCAAGAAAAGGGUACGAUGGUUCUCUGUUUGAUAGUGUGCUUAAGCCGGUGUUGCUAGAGGAAGCUGGCAUGGAAAUAGUGACGGGAGUCUCUGCUGCGUCCCCCUGUGAGAGUGCCGCCGAGCCGGUGCGUUUACUGCACCCGAUACCUGCAAUAGGAGAGCCGUUCGAGCGGGUAAUAGUUGAUUGUGUUGGUCCCUUACCCCGGACUAAAAGUGGAAACCAAUAUUUACUCACCAUCAUGUGCGCUGCCACUCGGUACCCCGAAGCUAUCCCGCUGCGGACGAUUACAGCUAGUUCUGUAGUAAAGGCGUUAACAAAGUUUUUUUCCACGUUUGGCCUUCCCCGUGUGCUCCAAACUGACCAGGGCACAAAUUUCCUGUCUAACCUUUUUAAUCAGGUACUCAAAACCUUGAAUGUACAUCAUGCCGUUUCCAGCGCGUAUCACCCGGAGUCUCAAGGUGCGCUAGAACGGUGGCAUCAGACCCUAAAGUCAAUGCUCCGCAAAUACUGCCUGGAAACAGAGAAAGGUUGGGACGAGGGAGUACCCUUCGUGUUGUUUGCGGCCCGUGAAGCCGUCCAGGAAUCCCUAGGAUUCAGUCCGGCAGAGCUCGUUUUUGGUCACACGCUCCGCGGACCUCUAAAGUCAUUACAGGGGGCGUUUCUGUCGCAGGACUCCUCGCCAGAAAAGGACGUAUUAGAUUACGUCAGCCGUUUCCGUGAGCGACUGCAUCAGGCCAACACCCUGGCAAGAGAGUGCCUUGCUACCUCCCAGUCCACCAUGAAGCGUCGGUACGACCGUUCCGCCGUUCCUCGACACUUUCAGGUGGGCGAUAAAGUUUUGGCAUUAUUGCCAAUCCCCGGGUCGGCCCUCUCCGCUAGAUUCUCCGGUCCAUAUGAAGUUUGCAAUCGUCUCAGCGACACCGACUACGUCAUUAGAACUCCUGAAAGAAGGCGUAAAACUCGCGUGUGUCACAUUAACAUGCUGAAAAGGUAUUUUUCCAGGGGAGAGAACAACAGGAGUUCCGCCGAAACCCCCGUUGUUGUUGGUGGUUGCGCCGCGCUAAUAGUGGCAGAGGACGCUGCGGAGCCUGCUGAUGAUGAGGUACAGCUGAUGGGGCAUCCCACACGUCAGGGUGUCCGGUUGCCCAACUCGGAGAUGCUAGAGGCGUUACCCUCUCGGUUAGAUCACCUGUCCACCGAGCAGCAAGGUGACGUGACUAACUUGAUAAAUCGUUUCCCCAGUCUCUUCAACGACGUUCCGACUCAAACCAACGUCCUCCAGCAUCACAUUGACGUUAACAACGCUAAGCCGAUUAAACAGCACCCGUAUCGAGUGAACCCGGUUAAGCGCGGGCUAAUGAAGGUAGAGGCAGAGUACCUCUUAGAACAUGGUUUAGCCAUUCCCAGCUCCAGUCCGUGGAGUUCCCCGUGCCUUCUAGAGGCUAAAUCCGAUGGUUCACCUCGAUUCAUCACGGAUUACCGUAAAGUGAACGCCGUCACCAUUCUCGAUUCGUAUCCCCUUCCGCGGAUGGAGGACUGCGUGGAUAAUUUGGGUACAGCUAAAUAUGUUAGUAAGCUAGAUUUACUUAAAGGCUAUUGGCAAGUACCACUGACCGGUCGCGCAUCCGAAAUCUCGGCCUUCGUAACUCCGGAUCAUUUCUUGCAGUACACCGUCAUGGCGUUCGGCAUGUGUAACGCCCCAGCAACCUUUCAGAGGUUAGUGAACUCGGUUUUGGCUGGGGUGGCUAACUGUAACGCAUACCUGGAUGAUCUGAUUGUGUACACUACCACUUGGGAGGAGCACAUGCAGAUCCUUGACCAGGUGUUCACACGUCUCGCCAAAGCUUCCCUCACGUUGAACUUGGCGAAAUGUGAAUUUGGGAAGGCCACCGUCACCUACUUGGGGAGACAGGUUGGUCAAGGCCAAGUCCGCCCGGUAGACGCAAAGGUGCAAGCAAUAACUGAGUGCCCCAUUCCAUCGACAAGAAGAGCACUUCGUAGGUUCUUAGGUAUGGCAGGUUACUACCGGAGUUUCUGCCGUAACUUCUCGACUAUUACCCAUCCACUAACCAACUUGCUCAGUCCAAAGGUGGACUUCGUGUGGACCCCUGAGUGCCAACAUGCUUUUGAAAGCGCCAAGGCUCUCCUAAGCAGCACUCCGGUGCUCGCGGCUCCUGAUCUCACCAGACCCUUUAAGCUAGAGGUGGAUGCUAGCGCCGUUGGAGCUGGUGCGGUACUGAUGCAGGAAGAUGCCGAUGGGGUCGACCACCCGGUUUGUUAUUUUUCGCGGAAGUUUAACAAGCAUCAGGUCAGAUACUCCACUAUUGAAAAGGAAACCCUUGCUUUGCUGUUGGCACUCCAGCAUUUCGAAGUGUAUGUCGGGUCCAGUCCAUUACCAGUCGUGAUAUUCACCGACCAUAACCCUCUUGUUUUUCUAUCUCGCAUGUACAAUCACAACCAGCGGCUCAUGCGGUGGGCGUUGAUCGUCCAAGAGUACAACUUGGUAAUAUGUCACAAGAAGGGAUCAGAGAACGUGUUGGCAGAUGCUCUGUCUAGGUUGUAGUUUGAUAACUGCAGUAAUUUGUAAUUAAUUAUGUUACCAAAGCCAAAUGUUUUUUGUUUUAAGGGGGGGGGUGUUACGGCUGCGGAUUGACGCCCCGCACUCAUGGGCAAAAUCCUCAGUUACAAUCCUCAGUUAUGCUAAUGAUCAUGUGUUUGCCCCGCGUGUGAUUGGCUGUCAAUUAUGUUAAUUCGAAUGUGCCUUUCCCCGGACGUGAUUGGCUGCCGCACCGGAGGGCCGAGGAUCCUGGAGGAUAAAGAAGAGCCGAGCUCAACAUUCAGGGCGGCUGGCCUCGGAGAUGCAGCUUGCCACGUUGGGACUUGGAACGAGCGUUGUUAUAUUGAGGCUCUAGUUUGCUGCACGGGAACUGGGCCAGAGUUUUGUUUAGGGGUUAUCGUACACGGACUUGCAGUAAUACUUUGUUAUACACACUAGACGUAGGGGUGCUGUUCCACCCUUGUAUUUUGUGAGCUUCUUCUUGGUUGUAUUCGUUUCUUUGAUUUGGACAGCACCCAACGGUCCUUUUCCUUUUGUAGUUUUGCCUCCUAUGUUUGUUAAAUUGUUUAUCACUGGCACUGGGCUAAAUAAACGCUUUCAGUUAAACCAA